AUGUGGCCAUUUACGUCUGGAGAUAAGAGCUCUGAUACACUUGAUAAAGAGCUUCCUCAAAGCCUUAAGGAAUUCUUCAAAGAGACCGACCCUUCGCACAGACUCAACGAUCUUAAUGAAGAUCCCAGAGAAGCCCAAGUACAAGAGGUGCUAGCGAGUCAGAGUAAUGAAUAUAAUGACGAAUUUGACCAAUAUAAGCACCGUGAGACGCCGCGUAAAGUCGCUUCUGUGAAUUGUGCAGAGCUUCUGCAAGCCGUGGUCACUUGUUAUCGAGGAUGGCUGUUUCUAGGUAAUGAUUGUUCUGACGAGAUUGUUCGAACAAAAAUCUGCAUGGAAAUUCAGCAGGAAGCUUUGAAAAAGUUGAGAUACCAGGACUGCUGCAACAAAAGGCACUGCACCAGUAUAAGAGCUUUCACGGAUAAGCUCUUUACUGCACAUUUUGGGCAGUACGGAGAGAAGAUAGACGAUGAAACUAGAGCUAGAUUUGACGUGGCACUCAAUGAAGCUUUCGCUGCGGUGUGGAAGAAAGAAAAAUGA